AUGGUGAAUCCGGACAUAAAAACCGCAACUCUGAGGCCUCGGCUGAACCCGCUGACGUUUUUAUUUCUUCUGUGUUUUACCGGGAAAACUGAUCAAAACGGAUCAGCUGUCAUCACAGUGAGAGAAGACAGUGAUGUUGUUUUACCGUGUUCGCUCGCCACCAGAGAAAACAUCGAGUUAAAGCUGUUUGACUGGAUUAAACGUGCCACAGAAAACGACGGUCAAAACGAGGUUUUCUAUUAUGAUGGAGGCAUCCAUUACAACAGCGGCCGUUCAGGUCAGAGUGAGCAGUUCAAAGGUCGAGUCUCUCAUUUUCCAGAAAAACUGAAACACGGUAACGCCUCCAUCAUCAUCAGAAAUACGAAAGUGACCGACAGCGGAAACUACACCUGUGUUUUUCCACGUCUUCAGCCACGACAAACUUUCCACACUGAGCUGGUUGUAGAGCGAGAAUUAAGAGACAGAACAACCGAAAACAUCCUCGGUGAGUCCUGGUUUAGAUGAUGUCACUUUCUAACU